CUCUUCUGUAAAUACCUUUUUCGCUUUUUGCUGUACGCUGCAUAAAUGCAUCUUUUUACGCUUUGCCUUGGCCUCAGCGCUAUCCUCUCAGCAUCGAUGAUGGUACUCGCUCAAGAGAUUAUUGCUCCUGAGGAAUGGAUCGAAUCUGUCAAACUCAAUCAGGCCCUUGUAAAGCGCAAACUCCAAAAAAACAAGUAUAACAAGCAAAAAGAACAGCAAAAACAACAACAUUUUAAUCAUAAUCGUCAUCACCACAAUCUCCAAAACAGUUUCGUGAAGCAGACAAAACGGAGUCUGCUAGAGCAGGAGCAUCAGAAUGGAUUAGGGACAGUAAAAACAGGAGCACCCAUAGAGAUGGAAAAAAGUCCUAGGCUUCAGAAGCGUGAAAAGGGGUCUCCUUCACACCCCGAGAUUGAACACCACGCUUCAGACCUUGUGUCCUUUGAGACCAAUGCUAUUGUAAACACACCAGCUAUACAACAUACCGUCGAGAUUGCAAACUUCAAGAAAACGAAUAAGAAGAAUGAAAGGGUAUUAAAAUCAAAGUCAAAAGUGAGACGAUACACUUGAGGGCCAACAAGUCUACAAUAGAAUCGAUC